GUGUCAAAGCUCAAAGGAUUAACAUGUCCUUGCGGCUGCAGCAUGAGAACUGGUAGCCAGUAGCCAAUAGCCAAUAGUGUGAACAGAGACAGCUAAACAAUCUUCAUCCAUCCAGUGGCCAAAGGAUCAUUCGAAACAAAACGUGGAAGCCGCCGCAUCGUUGCAGAAUCGAAACGCGCAGAAGCGUAGAUCUGGAGAGCAUCCAGCAGAGUGCCAAUUAACGAGAGAGUUUUUAAAAAAGAAAUACCUGAACGAACGGAGGGAAGGAGAACAAACAUGGCACCGCAACAACAGAAUUCGACAUUCAUCGACGAUAAUCUGGACAGCUGUCCAUCGCUAUUGAAUCUGCCCGAGAGCCCCAUACUGCCCACGAGGCGAUGUCAAAAUCAAGACAGCAACAAUAACCACCAUAAUAAUAAGCAGGUUGCAUUCGAGGAGCGUUUGGUGGACGCAGUCGCAGCCACAGCCACAGCACCAGCACCAGCACCACAACCACCAUGCAAAAAUAAACACAGCAAGGCAAACGGAAACGGUGGCGGCCCCCCGGCCAGUCGUCGCCAUCGUUCCAUUUCCCUCUACGGCGUUAAUAGCACUGUGGAGCAAGGCCAUAAGGAAAUACCCAUUUGGAUGGACGAUGGCGAGCCGCGCUACGUAUCGGGUGUAACCAACAAAACCACAUGCAAUGACAUAAUCAAGGCCCUGAUUGAUGACGAGCUGAGCAACGUUGCUGGUACUGGGCAACACUGCAGCAGUGUUGAUGCCAAAGAUGGCGGCCAGAGGGCAACUACAAAGGAAACGGCGAUGGCAGUGGCAGUGGCAGCGGCAGCAUCGCGUGACUACAGCGAUUACAUUAUAACGGAAAGUUGGGGCGGCAUAGAGCGAAGCUACGACGGCAACAUGGCCAUUUUGCCCGUUUGGCGCGCUUGGAGUCGUGUACACAAUGAGCUGCGCCUGUCGCUCAAGCACCGGGAGAACUUCAGGGAUCCCAUGACGCUGCAGUUGAUGCCGCAUGCUCCUCCCACUGCCAGCUUUUCCAUGAUCAAAUGGCUCAAGAAACUCAUGCAUCUGAGCAAAAGAAAAAAGGAUAUGCCCACAAAACCCACAAAUACUCCUCCCAAGGUGCCCAACAAGAUAAAAGAAAAGUGUCAAAAGCUCAACAAAGGCGACAGACGAGCGGCGGCCGAUGAGCUGCUGCUGGUCAUCAUGCCGGACCAAUUGUACAAAGGCACGGAGAACUGCCCGAAGGGAAAGCUGUACAAACUGGCCGAAAAUCGGGUCUCCAAGCAGCAGCGACGACGUCGACGAAGCCGCCACGAACCGAAGCCAGCAAACUCAACAGCAGCCACGGCAGAAAAUCCCAACGAAUGCAAUAAUAACGUGAAUAACGUGAAUAAUUAUAUACGCAGGCGCAAGGAUCGACCGUUGCGCAACAGUGUUCGCAAUAAGCUGGCAUCCCUGCACGCUGACAUGAACCUUCGCUACGAAAGGGAAUACGCACUGACACGACAACUGUCUGAGAAGUGCCGAAUGUAUAGGAUUCAGAACGAACGCUAUAAGGGACCAGAAAUGGAGGUUUCCGUGGGACAGCUACAGCAAAACAUCGAAGCCUAUGCCGAGGACAUCAUCAAAACGGAGCAUGAGCUGCUCGACUUGAAGAACGAAAUGAAACAUGACAUAUCCCUGAUCAAUAACCUCAAGCGGAUGACAAUGGAGGAGACGGAAGUAGCAGCAAAUGUCUGCGGUGUGGGCGUGGCAGCAUCCAGAAAAGCAUCCGAAGAUCCACCACCACAGAAAGGAGAAACACCUCAAGCUGCUAAAAAUCCACUCGAAAUGCAAUUUGUUGAUAAUAUUUAUGAGUUUUGCGACAAUAACGCAAGCAUGUUGGUUUAAUU